GCUUCCUCCCGCCAACCCGCCCCGCCGGCCGGGGCGCACGCAGCCACCGGGCCCUGGGGAGCGAGCGAGUCUCCACGCCGCCCGGGACCUGGAGCCGGGAGGGCCGCGCCGCCGCUGCCGCCGCCGCCGCCUCCUUCCGCCGGCCAUGCAUUCUUCCGGCUCCCGCAGCCCGGGCUGGGUCCCGGCCUGCCCAAGGCAGCCGCGAGGGGACUAGGGCGCCCGCGCGCCCGCUCGCGCCGCGCCUCGGGCCGCCUGGGCCGCCGCAGCCGCGUCCAUGACCGCGACCCCCGGGCCAGGGACUCCCGCCGCCGCCGCCGCCGCCGGCCCUCGGCCCUGUCGCCGCUCGCCGCUCGCGCCCACUGAGAAAGACAGGACCGACGCCAAUGUAAGAAUGGCCGUGACCGUGGAAGAAGCUCCGUGGCUGGGCUGGAUUGUAGCGAAAGCCCUGAUGAGAUUUGCCUUCAUGGUCGCCAACAACCUGGUCGCUAUUCCAUCCUACAUCUGCUAUGUAAUUAUACUGCAGCCACUCCGAGUGCUGGACAGUAAGCGCUUCUGGUAUAUCGAAGGACUCAUGUACAAAUGGCUUUUAGGAAUGGUGGCUUCCUGGGGCUGGUAUGCUGGAUACACAGUGAUGGAAUGGGGGGAAGAUAUUAAAGCAAUCGCUAAAGAUGAAGCAGUGAUGUUGGUGAACCACCAGGCAACUGGAGAUGUGUGUACAUUGAUGAUGUGCCUACAGGAUAAAGGACCGGUUGUCGCUCAGAUGAUGUGGCUGAUGGAUCAUAUUUUCAAGUAUACAAACUUUGGAAUUGUUUCUCUUAUUCAUGGAGACUUCUUUAUAAGACAGGGAAGAGCCUACCGCGACCAACAGCUGCUGGUUCUCAAGAAGCACCUUGAACAUAAUUACAGGAGCAGAGAUCGAAAAUGGAUCGUUUUGUUUCCGGAAGGGGGCUUCCUCAGGAAGAGGCGAGAAACAAGCCAGGCAUUUGCCAAGAAAAAUAACUUGCCAUUUCUUACACAUGUCACUUUGCCAAGGUUUGGGGCAACAAACAUUAUUUUGAAGGCACUUGUAGCACGGCAGGAAAAUGGAAGCCCAGCAGGAGGAGACGCUAGAGGCUUAGAAUGCAAAUCAAGAGGCCUCCAGUGGAUAAUAGAUACAACCAUAGCUUAUCCCAAAGCUGAACCAAUAGACAUUCAGACCUGGAUCCUGGGGUACAGGAAACCAACAGUCACUCAUGUCCAUUACAGGAUUUUCCCAAUUGGAGAUGUGCCCUUGGAGACCGAGGACCUCACCAGCUGGCUCUAUCAGCGCUUUAUUGAGAAGGAGGACCUCCUGUCCCAUUUUUAUAAGACAGGAGCCUUUCCUCCUCCCCAGGGCCAGAAGGAAGCUGUGUGCAGAGAGAUGACCCUCAGCAACAUGUGGAUAUUCCUCAUCCAGUCCUUUGCGUUUUUGUCAGGCUAUCUGUGGUACCACAUCAUUCAGUAUUUUUACCAUUGUCUAUUUUAGGAAUUGACUUGGACUUGCUACAUAGGAGUUCAGACUUCUUCAUACAUGUGCAUUAUUUUACAUGUGCAAAUCAAAAUAUAUAAAAAGAAAAGGAAAUUCAAUGGAUGGAUUAAUGUUUAUCCCCCUUUGGGAUAUUUUAAAACUCUACUACAAUGAGGAUCAGUAAUACAAUGAUGUGCUAAUAUAUUUUAAGAACUUUUUUGUGUUUUAAAGAGAUACACUCUACCAUACAUUUACGCAAGCAUCACACUGGGAGAAGAGGAAAUGAUAAAAUCCUAGAAGACUCGGAAAGAAACUCUCGCCACCAGAUGCACUUAGUCAGCCCCUGUGACCUGCUUGUGACCUUUAGUUCAGGUUCAGAAGCUAUGCUCCUCUUUCCUAGGACAGAGCGCCACAACAUUAAUGUGUCUACCCUUCAUGCUGAGGUACUGGUAGCCUGGAGAGCUGGUGGGCACAUCCUGAGGAGUGGCCUCACCAUCUAGCAACCCUGGCUAAGGUGCAGCGUUGGCAUUCUCUGUGGGGAGCAGUGUCCACUGUCCACAUGACAUCACUGUGUCCCUUGAAAGGCUAGCUCAGCCCAGUACCAUGUUUACAUGUGCUAGUGCUUUCCCUCAGCAGAGGAGAGCACCCACUUUCUCUUUUGUAUAGAAAGCAUAUCAUAGAAGGAUAAUUGUAUUUUACAAGAUGCACUUUUAUCAGAUGCAAAUAUAGCAAAGGAUAGUAACCUAGCCUGAAGCAAAGGGAAGCCUCAUCCGUGAGCAGGCUCCCAGGAGGCUUUCCUGUCUGUGCUUGCCCAUGAUGCUCUAGUACCACCUCCAUCGGCCACCUCCCUGAACCCACUCCCGUUCUGGUAGCUGGAUCCCCUCCCUCUGAUUUUGAUAUCAUAGUACCAAGUGUAUUUGGGGGCGGUUAAAGCAAAUUAACAUAAAACAUUUAAAUGACCAGUUUCAGGGAACUAGAGUAGCUUAUUAGGAAAUAAGAGGUAGAACCAGAUGUUGGCUUGCAAUAUUGACAAGGCUUCUUGUGGGCCCUGGGGUCUGUAUGUUCUGUCAUUAUGUCAAGCAGCUGCCUCUCUCAGGGUGGCAGGACCUGGAGACAGCAGCUCAAAAACACUUCCCAGUCUCUUCCAGUCGUCUUCUAAGAGGGCAAAGCCAAGCAAGUUUCUGUUCAUCGUAGAAACCUUUUGAAAGAUUUGUCCUUUUGUUCAUGUGAUUUACCUCACAGGAGAACCAGACUUUACAAAAAUCAGUGUUGAGACAGAGGAUGGGUUUGGUUUAGGACAGUGAAACUCCUAAGCUUGAAAAACAGUAAGUCAGCAGUAGUUUUCUGUGGCAUGAACGAACACUAGAUUCCCCUAUUGUUACUAACAACACAAAUAACAAUUCUGAGAAAUAGGUUGUAAAACAAAAAUAAAGACUAAUGUUUUCUGUUUUCAAAUAAACCAAAAAGAGAAAAAGGAAAGAUGUGAAUUUUCCCCAGUUGUACAGGAACAGUUGACCAACACCAAAUAAAAGCCCAUAGUAGCUUCAUCUUUAGCAAACCCCAAGCACGUACAGAAGAGAGAGACGUUACCUGAAAUACCUCACUGGUACCACACCACUGCUGGUAAACUGAAGAAGGCAUUUGAUUUGUUAGCAGUUGUUAUAAAAACCUAAGCACUUUACUCUGGUUAGCAGGGACAGUGAAUAAGGGAAAGCAGUCUCAAUCCAGAAACGAGGGGAAGCCAGAGAGAAGCUACGCAGUGCCUCUGUUGAGGCCCAGGAAAAACUGUUCAGUUUCAGGAUGAAUUGAAUUGAGACAUUAGUUGAUUGUCUGGGGGAGAAGUUGCUCAUUGUCAAGUAUAGCAUGUAGUCCUAGCUAGCAGACCCAUUUCCUCAUUGCAAAGCAAGCCACAGGCUACAGUGGCCAGUUCCUAUAAGGAUGUAUAUAUCCAUAUAUGUGCGUACACAGAAAUGUGACUGGCCCACUUUUACCACUGCUGUGCUCCAGAGGAACAUGACAGUUAAGUAUAUGUACAUGCUGAGUUCACUCUUCUAAGAUGUGUUACUUUCAAAUGCAGUUUUGUUUCCACAGUCUCUAGAGUGACAAUAACUGUAGACUUGUGAACUGACUUCUGAUAGUAGAGAUGAGCUAUAAAUAGAUGUGCUUGGUCUGUCUAUCCCACACCUCUCCAGUUCAACAUGUCUUCUGUGUACAAACAAUCAGACAUGUUUGUUGAGAGUAUUGGCAGUGCUUCCUUGUCAUAGCUGGAGUCCACCUGCUUAUACUAGGGAACUGGAAGAGAGAAUAAAUAGGUGUUCUUUAUGGCCAUCUCAGGAAGCCACACAAUGCCAUUGUAGAGAGCUGGAUAGAACUCCCCAUUUGUAUUUAGUGUGGAAAGUGGGAUGCAAGGAAGUUAUUGAUUGUAUUAAGUCGGGGGGCAGGGGGAGGUAAGCAAAGCCAUGCCAGUUUACACCGGCGUCCUUUAGGACUGCAGCUCUUUUUGCCCUCAGCUGCAUUGCCUGGCUUCCUACCACACACAGGCUGGGCGACAGGUGGGACCAAGCGACAGCUCACCUCACUUCAGAAAGGGCUGUGUGCGAUGACAGAGAAGCCUGUGAGCAGAGGAGGCAGGAACAGCAAGAACGCCUGUGAGCAGAGGAAGCAGGAACAGCAAGAACGGAAUGAAACUUGAACAGAUAAACAAGUUAGACGGGAAUUUAAUAGGAAGGUUGAAAUUAAUAGCUGUGGGUUCAGAUCUGUCAUGUGAUUAGUUCUUAAUUUCCUACAGUAAGAAACUAGGGAAUACUGAAGUCAUCAAUUACAGGGUAGUUAAUCCAGUAUUAAGUCAUAGGAAGCCAAAAAUUCAGUUUUCUGAAGGAAUUUCUGAUUUUUUAAUUCUCAUUGAACUUUUCCUUCUGAGGAUGCUUACUACUUUAAACGUUGGCUUUAGUUCUUUCCCUGACUAAUUUCUGUCUGUGCAUUAUGCCUGUGUUAAUGGGUAGUUAAGUAACAAGAAGUCAAGACUACAAGCAAGAGGAGAAACACCAAAGCCAGCGGGCUUAACCUGAGGACUGCAAAAGACAAAAGUUGGUGCAGCUGUAAUUGUCCCAGAGGUAGAGUCCUAAGUCAGCCAUUGUGGCCCUCGGGUGCAGCUGUCACGUUGCUGAGGAUGCUCUCUCACUCACGCCUUGUGGAUUCCUUCUCAUUAAUUUGUCUUAGUGAUGUAUUUUGACAAUCGGUACCUUAAAGACUUGCUCAACUAGUUGUUCCUAGUUAUAAUCACAGAGAAUAGUCUUUGAUCAUAGGUUGUCUUCUGUAUCUUGAGUAUGUUUUAAAAGAAAAUGUUUGUUUGCAUUACCGAAUAGGAAGGGUUAACUGAUCUUUUCUGUGGUUUUUUGUCCUUUUCUUUGAAGUCACUACACAACAAUGAACACAGGAUAUCACUCAAAAGUUGCCAUUACAAAAAGUGUAUUCGGCUCUGGUUCAAAAGGAUGAAUGGUAAUGGCCUUUGAUGGGAAUUUUGCCCUCCAAGUGCUCUGGGCCUUAUAGCUAUCAGCAGGCAAGAGAGAGGCAGAUGAGACUGUGUAGCAGGUGUGCUAGUUCCCGGCAUGAGGGUAGAGACUAAUGUGUUUGGGACCAAAAGCACCUAAGUUGGGAAUUUCUGGAUCACAUAAGAGCCUGGGGUGCUCUGAAGCAGCCACUGGCUGGUGCUGGUUGAUGUCAUGUUGCACCAGCUCUCAGUAAUCUCAAAGUGGGCUCUGAGACUACUCUGCAAGUUCCCAGCUGUUGGGGGAGAAGGGCUAUGGUCAAAUGAAAGAUGCACUGUGGAGUUUUCUGCAGAAAUUCCAUCUGAGAAUUUUUACAUUUAAUAUUUUUUUUUAAACAAUCUAAAGAGCAAAAAAAAAUGUACGUGUAUUCUAGUUGCAAAGUAUGCAAAUGCUUCAGAUGGCUUUGUUUUUAUUGUGUAAAACUGUUGAACACAACUGUGGUGCACAAAUUCUUUCCAUGUAAGGAGUCUAUGCAUUUUACAGGAACAUAUCUUAUGAUUGGGUAAUGAGACAGUUAUACAUUCAACUGCCAUUAUUUUUAUUAAGUGCUUUCACUUUCUUUACAGUUAUUACAAAGUUAUAUUUAUUUUCUACAGAUGGGUUUCUGUUUUCAUGAUGCUGUAAUGUUUACUUCAGCUUGUUGAGCUUUCUUUGUGAUCUGCAUGUCACAAUGUGUGCUCUAAGGUGACUGUCAAUGCUGUGACAACUGUAACUUGCUUUGUAAAGGGCUGGUCACCUGUGGAUCUGGUUUAUGAAUGCAUCGGGAUGAUUUUACCAGAUCACCUUUUCAGAAAUUUAGAUGUUGUAAACACCAAAAGAAGCAUUUUCUCAGCAAAAAUUAAUAGCUGGUUCUAUUUUUUUUAAAUGUAGAGAAAAUAAAGUUGAUUUCCUUUUUUCCAAAAACAAUGCUUUUAAUUCUUACUAAUGGGGGUGGGUGUCUGCUGGGCGGAGCCCCUCAGCACUCACUGCUGUGGCACGUGCCCAGAGCUCGGCAUUCAUGACCGGUGAGGAAAACCACCCGGUUCCUUCUUUGCUUACAAAGGCUUGCUCCUUCCUCCAGUCUUCUCAUUUGGUAUGAGCUCUUGGGAAAAUUUAUGUAAAUGUACAUCCAUGUAUAAUAUAUUUUGCUGAUAACAUAUUUAAUGCAAUUAGCAAAUAAUAAAAUAUAAGUAAUUGAUCCUUACAAUAUAAUUAUCAUUGCUGAACCCUCGGAGCCAACCUGUGACAAUAUCAACCAUGAUUGCUAGCAUUAUGCCCUGAUAAACUAACCAUCUCCAGAUAAACUCAUUUAGUCUAGUGUAUGAUUUAUAGUAAACGCUUACCCUUGUACAGAAUCUCCUUUUAGUCUCAGCAUUAAUUGGAAGUUUAGAUAAUUUAUUUUUAAUCCUAUUAAACCCUAGAAUUAAAUGAUCAGCUCUUAGAGACAAGCUGGAGCUACCGUCAUCACCACAGUCCUGGUCUUUGUGUUUUGAUUUGUUUUAAUUACUAGUGUUGAAUAAAAUUCUCAGAAUUGAUUUGCUCACUGGUCCAAGAAAACUCCUAUCAUUGGCCUUUGCGGGUUUUAAAAUGGAAAAGGACUGAGAGCACAUUGAGCGAGGGAGCGCUCUAUCCUGGAAAGUCUAAGGAGAUCAGGGGCACAGGGCCGGUACGCUGCGUUCUCAGAGCUGAGUAAAUGUGUACACCUAUACUGAGAUUUUUUUUUUUCUUAACAUUAAAAACAUUGAUGGUUUAGUCAUUUGUUUGUAGAAUGUUUGACCCAUUUUGAAAACUUUUAAUGUGUUAAAAUGUCUUGCACAAUCCUACCAAAUAAGUUGAAUAGUUACAGUUGAGUCUACCUCUUCUUUUCUUGGCUGGAUUUAGGCUGCUGGUUGGGUGAGGCUGCGGCUUUAUUUCCCCUCUACAGUACUUUAUGUGGGAGACAGAUCUAGGGCCUGGAAGCAGACUUGAAGCGUUUUGAGAUCUGUUGCUGACCAGCCCUCUUCCCCGAGAGUCUGGGGAAAGCCAUUGUUUUUAAUGCCCACUUAAUAUGAAAAUGUUUGUUUUAAAAAAUGUUUCUUGCUGGUGAAAAAUGUAUUUUUAAAACGAAAAACCAAAUCCUCUUUUGGUCUGAGAAGUCAGCUGUAUGAGCAGGUGUGACCGUAUCAUAACAUGCUGAUGUCAUAGAAAUCAAUAAAUUUUUACCUCUCAGGAA